AGGAGGCGCGCUCCACUAUGUGCACCAACUACCAUUCGCGUGAAAGAACCCAGAAAGUGAUGCACAGAGGUGAUAGAACAGCAGCACGGUCGAUAAUAGCCUAUAAUAUAGGAGGAAUAGUGAUUUUGUUUUUUAUGCUUUAUUGAUACACAUCAUCAUGUAUCCAGACUCGAGCCCAAACUACAAUGUCUCGAGCUCGUCCAGCAGCAGCAGCAGCAGCAGCAGCACGAGAAGCAGCAGUUUAGCAUCGCCUACCGGAGACAUACCCGCGUGCAGUCAGCGGUCUGAAAGCUCACUCACGAGCGCAUCAUCAGUAGACAGCAGUACGUCUCAGACUGUCUGCGGUGAAACAGACUGUCCACGGCAGUCUCCCUUUGUUCCUACAGUGACUGCAAUCUCAGCCUUCUCGGAUCUGCAGUGGAUGGUCCAACCGACCACCGUCAUCUCAGCAUCUGCCUCCCCCUCCUCCCCCUCCAGCGGCGCAAAGCCUACAAGAGCUCAUGGCGCAACCCAGUCAUCUUCAAGAGCAGGAGGGAGCAAGGAACAAUCCACCAACAAGAAAGGGAAAAAACAGGCUACAUCGGAAGAGGAUGAGAGGAGGAAGAUCAGGAGAGAGAGGAAUAAAGUGGCCGCGGCCAAGUGUCGCAACAGACGGAGGGAGCUCACCGACACCCUGCAAGCCGAAACUGAUCAGCUUGAAGAGGACAAAGAGGCCUUGCAGACAGAGAUAGCCCACCUCCUGAAAGAGAAAGAGAGUCUGGAACAGAUCCUAUCCGCCCACCAGCCAGCCUGCAAACUAGCCGCCGCUGAAGACAACAACGUGGAAGAAGACAUCGAUGAAGACAUCGACGAAGACAUCGACGAAGACAUCGACCGCAUGCUCCAGGACCCUCCGGAUUCCCCCCAGCUGCUCUCCAUCUUGGAGAACGAAGACAAACUCCAACUCCCAGAGGGAAAUGCAACACUAGUGACUGUGUCCGACACUCCUUUGCUUCAGGACAUGGAAACUGUUGUGGUUCCUUCGAGCAUCUCCAUCUCUGCGUCGGCCAUCUUGGGUAACUCCAACAUCCUGCUGUGCUCCAGCGCUGAGGAAGAACCCAUGGAUGACCUAAACUUCGACCACGAUGCCUUAGACGAUCUGGUCCCUAGCCUGGAACUCAACAUGGCUGUGGCCCCUCAGAACGCCCCGUCUGUCCCCGACAUCGACCUCCUCGGGGGCCCCUUUUGCCUCUCAGACUGGGAGACUCUGUACAAGUCGGUGUCCAACAAUCUGGAGCCUCUCUGCACCGCCACGAUGAUGUCUUCCAGUGACAGUCCUACCUGUAGCAGUUACCGCUCUGUGUUUAGUUUGAAUUACUCCGAGAUAGACUCUUUGGCGGGGACAGGAGUUGCAACUCCAGCUCUGAGGCCCUCAAAGGAGGUGUUGAUGGUAGAUCUGAUUUGAUGAACUUUGAACUCUCCCACACUGUUGACUUUGUGACACUGUUAUGGGACUGGUGGGACAUAUACACAUAGGGCUGGUUUCCCCACACACAGAUUAAGCCUUAGUCUUCGAUUAAAAAGCAGUUGUUCAAUGACGAUUCUCCUUUGAAAGUGCUUCUUUAGUCCAGGACUAGGCUUAAUCUGUGUCUGAUAAACACGGCCCGUGAGUUUGAUAUUGAACCAAUAAGCGAUGGUCUAUUCAUCUACCCCCCCCUGAUGUUUUGUUGUGCUUGCUAUGAUGUUUUGUUAACAUUUAACCUUUAGCACCAAAUUAAAUGGUUACUGUGACUGUAACAGUAUCAACAUCUUCCAUAUAUAUAUAUAUAUAUAUAUAUUGGUGCACCUGUGGGGCUGUUCACCCUCUUUAAAAAGAUAUAUAUUGUUGUCCUUUGUAUCAAAAUUAAAUGCAUGCAAAAUCUUACAAUUUCAUUAAAAAGGGGUGCUAUAUCUUUGUUUUUCCAUCCUUAAAUAUACAUGUGAAACUAGAGUGUGGUUUGUGAGGAUACUGAUAUCAGAUUGUGUCUUAUUAACAGGUGAAAUUACAGUUUGAGUAAUGUGGACCUCAUUUUACUGUAAAGUGACAUUUCUUUCUGGUUUUCCAUGAAAACAUAGUGUUAUGUAUUUUAUCAAGAUGUAUUUUAUGACAUAGUUUAUUUUUUUACCUUAAAAAGUUUCGACUAAUUGUUGUUAAGAUGCAAAAAAAUAAAUAAAUAGAACACAGACAAAUAAAAUAAUAAAACUGGGA